CGGAAAGAGCAGUAGUAGAGUAUUUUAAAAGGCUAUUUGGGUUGUAAAUUAAAAAAAAACACAGAAAGAAACAAGCAAUUAAAGAUAAAGCUUUAUUAUAAACCGUGAAGCUUUAGAUUGUCAAAACAGACUAUUAACACUUUAAGAAAUGGAAUGGAAAUUAGAGAGAUAUUCCACUUUUAAAAUCAAAACGGCAGAAGCCAUGCUGUGGGAAAACAUAAUGAGCACACUUGCAGAAGAUUUCAACAGGGCUAAAAAACAGUACGCACAUAAGAUAAGCAAGGUAGAUCGUGGAAAGACAUCAUACUCCAGAUUUAAAAGCAGAAUUGUGAAAAGGCUGAGGUCAGAGAUUACUGUUGCUAGCAGCCCAUUGGCCACAAGAUGGCAGCAGUCCUUCAACAGAGAAUUUGACACAGUCUGUCAAAGACUUCCUUUGGAUCUUUCACCAACCCCAGAAAACAGCUCUGACUCUGAGCAGACGCUUGGAGAACUUGAAACAACAUUAACAACUCAAGUUUCCCCAGACAAGCCGAAGCAACACAGUUAUCUACAACCUGGCAUCGUGCCUCCACCAGCAGCAUGUCAAGGGACUAACCCAGCAGCUCACAAUGAGAACAAACAGGAAGUCUCUCUGAAAUUAUGUGAUGAAAAGAAAAGAGCCCCUGAUAAGAUGCCCGGGCUCUGCGAGGGCUCUGCGUACAAAGCUUCAGCAGACAGACCCCAUCCUAUUCAGAGUAGUCCUGUCAAUAGUGACUGCACUCUCCCAGAACUCGAGAUGAAACUAGACAUUACUGGGUUGAGGGAUGAUUACUACUUAAACUUACUGGACUGGAAUUCCAAAAACCUUGUUGCUGUGGCUUUGAAUUCCUCUACUUAUAUGUGGAAUGCCAAAACUCACAAGACACUAGGAGGAAUCCAUUUCAAUUCUGACACUAAAUAUGUUUCAUCGGUUGCCUGGAUAAACCAUGGCAAUUGUCUUGCAAUUGGAACUAGUGAUGGUGAAGUUCAGUUAUGGGAUGUUGAAACAAAGAAAAGACUCAGAAACAUGCUUGGUCAUCAAUCUGUAGUGGGAGCGCUGAGCUGGAAUAACUACAUUCUCAGCAGUGGUUCACACUUAGGAUUAAUUCACCACCAUGAUGUCAGAAUUGCACGACAUCACGUUGGGACUCUCCGUCACCAGAAAAGUAUCUGUGGGCUUAAAUGGUCACCUAAUGGUGGUCGCCUUGCUAGCGGAUCAAGUGACGGCCUGCUGAAUAUCUGGCCCAGUGAUCCAGGCGUGACAGUACGCAGCCAGCCCCUACAGACAAUGGCCCACCCCACAGCUGUGAAGGCAAUGGAUUGGUGUCCAUGGCAGUCUGAAUUGGUGGCUGUAGGGGGAGGAAUGAAGGAUGGAGUUCUACGAAUAUGGGACACAAACACUGGGAGCUGCAUUAAAUCUACUCACACUAACUCACAGAUUUGUUCAUUACUUUGGGCGAAAGAAACAAAGGAGCUAAUAACAGGACAUGGUCUUCCCAAAAAUCUAAUUGUUCGGUGGGACUUUCCAUCUAUUACUAAAAUAGCUGAGUUGCAUGGUCACAAAGGAAGAGUUCUGAAUUUAGCUUUAAGCCCAGAUGGAAGACAGUUUUUUUCUGCAGCAGCUGAUGGAACUGCUUGUGUGUGGAGAUCCAAAGACAGUGAAGACACAUAUCAAGAGCAAGGCACAGAGAAGUCUGACUGAUAUUACCUGAGUAUAUUUGCAAUGUAGAAGUGAACUGAGCCUCAAUAAAUCACAAUGGGGGACAACACCAGUAGGAUUAUGUUGACAACUACCUUUACAACAUCUAAUUAUUUGGAAUUUUAUUUUACACUAAAAUAAAAAAAUGUGAGAAAACGGAGACAUCAUAGUUGAUUUGGUUACGAAUCCUUUUUCAAUGAGAACCUUCUCUGAGAAAUUGGAGUUUUUUUUUAAAAAGGGAGAUGUACACCACAGAUCCCCGAGCUGACACGGGAAGGGAAAGGAUAUACUCGGCACCUUUAGAAUUAGGUAGGUAGCUGCCACUUAAAAAAAAGGAGGGGGGGCAGCGACGACUCUGCUGCCCCAGUCCAUUUUGUCACGGCACGCCACUGCCCUACUGUCAAGAGUUUCCACGCUGAAGUUUUGCAUAACUUUACAUUCUGCUUAUAGCUGUUGUGAAUUGUUUGCCAUUUCUAGAUUAUUUUAAAGUACAAAAUUGAUUAUUUUGAAGGAAGCACCAAUUUAGCAAAAUAAUAGGCAAAACUUCAUUCAGAAUGUUUAAACAGGUUUUCGGUGUCUGAACUGCUGUCUGUAAAAUGCAUGGAAGAUAUGUGUUUAUUCUUGUUCCGUGGAUCUUUUGUUGCUGUUGGUUUUUAUCCAUGAAGUAGUUUUUUUUUUGCUUUUUGUUUUCUACAAUAGCCAGUAAACAUGGGAAAUACUGAAUAAAUUAACUUGAGUUGCUCUGGAGAUUUCAGUUCAUGGCAUGAUAGAAAAAUAAAUGUUCUUUAUGGCAUAUUACAAUUAAACCUCUGCAAGUGGGAGUAUUAGAAAUAUAUUAGGAGUGCUCCGAUUAAUAGAUUAAUCGGACCGAUUUGAUCGCAGAUUAAUUAAAAAAAAAAUGUAAUUGUGCAGUUCUAUUUUUGUAUAUAAAAUAAAAUCAACUAAUAGAACUGCAUUUUCUCUGCGGCAGUCCAAUCAUAAGUGAGCGGAGGUGGGACAUAAACAGUUGAAGGUCUUUAUUAGAUUUAACCAAUGGGAGAGUCAAAGAUCUGCCCCUAGGUGUCUAAUCAUGAGUGAGCAGAGGCGGGACAAAAAUAUGUUAGGAUAGGGUGCUUAUUAUAGAGACAGCUAUGGAGAAUUAUAUUGAGAACUUCAAAGUAAUAUUUCAAAUUGCUUUUUACAAAUUAAAAAAAAAAAAGUCAUAGACAAUUGAGACAUUGUAGUCGAUUUUGGUUACGAAUCAAUUUUCAAGAACGUUCUUAGAAAGAAUGCAGGUGUACACCAGAAAUACCUGAAGGCACCAAUUCUUUUUUUUUUAAAGAUUCUGUUGAUUUUUUUAGUAUUACUAUGCAGGUCAGCCGCUGUGCUUUGACUUUUAAAACGCUGUGAAUGUAGAAGCCUUUAGGCGACUUUCACGCGAUUUCAUUGGCUCUUGUAAUGCUGAAAUGUUCAUAUUUCCUGAUUACCCAAACCCGAGAUGGAAUUGUUUUCCUGUAACUCACUGAAGAGGCCCAUCUAUUAUUUUUAAUAAUACAUGGAUACCCUUGUGAUGCUAAUAUUAAAGAAAGCAAGGUUCAGCAGUACAUUUGUUGUUUUUUUUAACCUUAGUGUUUCAGUGCUGUACAGACGUUCUAUGUCGUUAUCCGUUAGUGCUUCAGCUUUAUUUGGAUGAUUGUCUUUACCUUAAUUCCCUGUUCCUCUCCAGUUUCUCUGAGAUAUGAAUGUACCAGCUUUACAUCACUUUUUUUAAUGUAUUCUCAUUUUGUUGAUCAUUAAUGAACAUUUCUGUACUGAAAAAGAGACAUUUUGUGUUUGAAUUGAAAGUGAUGGUCUCGGGAGUCGAUUGGGUCAAAGUUCAAGUAUAUUUUCCUCUAGAGGAAUUAUCACUCAUUGACGUUAAUAUAUAUUGCACAGUACAGUCCUGUAUAAUGUCUGAGUGACAGCAAUAGGUUUUACUUUACUUAGUAGCUGCCAACUACUUUGAUUCUUUGAUAUGUGAAAAAAUACCUGUAUUUUUAACAAUAUCCAGCCGUAAACUGUUUCCAAUAAACCCUGAAUGCUUCUUGACUUCUCUGUGUCCUCUGCAGCUGCUGAGGUGGUGAAGUGUGACUGUUUUGCAGGCAGAACAGCAGACUAAUCUCACUGUUCCUGUGAAGCUCAGUAUUGCACGUGUCAGAUCUUUAUACUGUUACAGUGCUGCCAUUCUGUUGGAGACACUGCCACCUCAAAGGAUGACAGUGGGCAGGACUAGGUCUAUCCAACGUGUUGGUGGUUAGCUUUGACGUCUUUGAACCAGAAAAUUCAAGUUUCGAUUCCCAGUUCUCACACAGUUUAGCAUAGUUGUGCCUCAUUUUUAAACUGUUUAAAGCACUAGGCCCCCCCUGGAAAUAAAAUAUGGUCAUUUUAAGGAAAUGUUUACUAUAAAAGUAUGACAAGAAGCUAAAUUGCUUGUGAUGUAUAAUAUACAAUUCAUCUCGUAAUAUGGACCUAACCAAAUUGUAUUUUAGUGCAUUUACAUGUUGUGUUUGCUACUGUGGAAGUCCCAUACAAACAAGAUAGACUGUUAACUAUGGGUAUUAUCGAAGGGGAGCAUUUGUAAUAAAUAAAUAAAAUGUAUGCUUUGAAGUGUAACCCUUUCAGACCAGAAGAGCUGUAUAGCAGCCCACAAAUCAAGUGUUGAAAGGGUUAACAUGUUAUGUUUAUUUGCACUCAAAGUUUGAAUUUGAAUGUAAAGUAAAAUUAUAUCAUGUAAUUGUAAGUUAUUUAUUUGUGUUUAAUAUAUAUCAGCAAUAUAUAGUAUUUGAACCAAGUAGUUUUUAAAUAAUACACUUGACAAGGGCUUGUUACCAAAACACACACACACACUCACAAACACACACACAAUAUAGAAAAAAAAGCUGUGCACACUCCAUUCGUUGUCUCGAUCUUGUUACUUGUUAAACUGCAUCACGUACGUUGGUGGUCGGUUAGUUUUCACAUUUUGAAACCCACCAGGCUGCUCAAGUUUUGAGUCAAGGGCUGAAAAGCUCUGUGGUCAGAGCUAAUGAAGACAAGUUUUCUGUUCCAUAUCUUAUUUUAGUUUCUCGCUUUAGGUUUGUCUGAAUAGAUGAUAGUUCCAGUAAAUGUUGUAAGAAUUAAACAAGCAUUGUGCUGUAAUGUUAACUCUUUGUUGACCACUUCUCAAAGAGGAUUAUUUGUAAAAUUCAUGUAUGCUUUACAUUAUUGUAGUUUGAAUGAUUCAAGGGGCAUGGCAGUGGCUGUCAAUCGAUCAACCAUGAUGGACCUUUCAUAGUUACCCAUAAUGCCUGGCCUGGACUAGGCGAACCCUUAAGUCUACUCCCAUAAUCCAUUCAUUGCUGUAACAUUAACCCUUGAAAUGUUCACUAAUACUGUCAAAAUGUUAGCUGCCAUUUAUUUGGUUUAAUUGUAAACGUAAUGCUUUAUUUAUUGUGUUUAUCUAUGUAUUUAUUUUUUUAUGUAUUUAUUUAUUUUACUAUACAUAUAAACUGUUAGUUUGGUUUGUUUAUUAAUUACUGUACUUUUCACUGCUGUAUGUGUGUUUUGUAAAUGUAUUGGGUGUACACUAUAAAAUGUAGUCUCAAUUAGACGUGUUUGUUUUUUUCACCUUUUUGGUCAUUUCUAAUAUCUGUAAUUACUCAUGACCUAUGGGCCCUAUUUUGACAUGCAAAGGCAAAAGCAAAUGUGUAGUUAGAAAUAAAAUAAUUUUACUGAUAUAGAACAUCCUAGAAACUCACUAAUCUAAACAAGUCAAGUGGACAGAGGAACACCAUUAGGACAAGGUUAAAAAGAUUAAAAAAACAACUGUAGAGCUACCUUUAUCUGAACUGCUCUCUUACGCAAACCCCAGGAAGGCUUGUCAGCAAGUGAAUGAAAAAGUGAUAGGAUUGUUAGGUAAAUUGAGUAGUGCAGUUUCUGACAGAUUGUAAAAUCAUUUUCAUCACACUCUGUAAUUAUGCAGUUCUAGUACCCUAUUUCCAUUCUCAAUAUCAAUGCGUUUGUAAUUGACCUUGUCAUUUAAUUUGACACGUCUGUUGAUUUCUCUGGUUUAAUGACAAAUACUAAAACAACCUAAUGGGUAUCAAAGCUGAAUUAUUGGCACAUUAUUGCUGUGGGCGUGUGCUUAUCUAGCAAAGACAUGAAAGCUGCCUAUACUGAAACCCAUCAGCUGUUUGAGUCAGCACUACAGGCUGUUUGGGGUGAGUCAACAACAAGAACAAUGUGCUGAAAACGAACUUGCAAUGGGGGGAGGAGGGGGGAGCUAAUGUUAAUUUCUCCUGGAAACUGAUAAAACCUUAAACGCUCACAAUAUCCAAUAACUGCUUCUUGGUAGAACACCCUGUUGUUAUGGAAAUAUCACAGCAAAUAACUAAUGCAUUGUUCUUGUUGUAUAGAUUUACUUUGAUUAUCGGUUUCUAUUUGUCACACAUCCUGGUGUCUUUUUAAAAGCAGAUGGUAAAAGCAUUGAAGUGGCCCCGAUACAGCUCUCAAACUUGACUAAAGUGCAGCUGAUACACCCGAGUGUAACCAUUCUCCUGUCUCCCUGUAACUAACCUGUCGUGACUUUUCUUACACCCACUGUGGAAGGGUUGCAGGGGGGCAGGCUAAG